AUGGCGGGCGGGUCCGAGCAACUAAUUUUAUUAGGCAACGGGUUUAUUUUAUCAGUGGCCGAAAACACCACUUUGGUAUGUGCCGCCCUUAAUAUGUCAUCUGUCUGCAUCUGUAUUGUCACUAGUAUGCAGUUACGGUUGUCGAUCUGGUCGUCAAGGUAAUAUAUAUAUAUAUAUAUAUAUAUACAUUAUACAUGUAUUAAAAUAGUAAUAGUAAUAGUAAUAGUAGUAGGAAAUAUCAAAUUAUCACAAGUUUAAUAUAAAUGAAAUAUAUGUUAGAUAUAUGAAUACUCAACGUAAAUUGACCUCAACCCGAGGUUUUAAAAAUCAUUAAUAAUCUCUAAGAUAAAACUGCAGCUGGAUUUGACAAACUAUCAGUUAAACAUUUAAAAAAAAUAGCUCCUUGUAUUGUAGACCCUCUUAUCUAUAUAUUAAACGUAUGCCUAAAACUAGGAGUUUUUCCAGAUAAAUUUAAAUUCGCAAAUGUCAAACCACUUUUUAAAACUGGUAAUAAAGAAAAUGUGACGAACUAUAGAUUGAUAUCAAUGCUUUGAAAUGUCUUUAAAAUAAUUAGAGUUAGACUAAUAUGAUUUUUAGAAACGAAUGAAUUAUUAUCAAAAAAUCAAGUUGGCUUUCAGCCUGGUAGAAGUACGGCUGGAGCGCUAUACGCGACGACCAAAUUUUUAUACACCGAAUUAGACAACAAUAAAAAAGUAAUUGCAGUUUUCUUAGAUCUGGCAAAGUAUUUGACACUGUUGAUUACGAUGUACAUCUGAAAAUGUUGCCAAGUUUUGGAAUAACAAACGAAAGUUUUAUGUGGUUCAAAAGUUACCUUAAUAAUAGAAAACAAGUAGUCUCGAUAAACGGCGUUCAUAGUGAAGAGGGUGUAAUCAAUUUCAGGGAACCUCAAGGUGGUGUUUUAGGACCAUUAUUAUUAGUUUUAUGUAUAAAUAACAUUUGUAACUUAUGUUAUAGAUAG